CCAAACUCAGCAGCGACUGCAGCGCGACGAUGCAUUUCAUUGCGCUGAUCGUUCUACUCGCGCAUCUGGCCGCUACCACAAUCGCCCACAACCAGCCACCCGUCGUCCACACCGGACUCGGAAGCAUCCGGGGUUCGAUCCUUCAGUCCCGCUUGGGACGUAAAUUCUACGCCUUUCGUGGCAUCCGGUACGCCAAUCCACCUGUGGGGGCUCUGCGCUUUCAAGCACCGGAACCGGUGGCGGCGUGGAAUGGCACCUUGGAUGCGACCGACGAUGGUCCCAUGUGUCCGCAGCCGGCGUACAAUCGGAGUGAAGUGUCGGAAGAUUGCUUGAGGUUGAACGUGUAUACGAGUGUGAUUCCGAGGGAUAAUGUGAGGAUUCGUCCACGGGACGUGAUUGUGUACAUUCAUCCGGGUGGGUUCUACGUGUUUUCCGGGCAAAGUAGAAACAAUGCCGGGCCGCAAAACCUGAUGGAUCGGGACGUGGUGCUAGUGACGAUUAACUACCGGUUGGGAUCGCUUGGAUUCAUGAGUACCGGAACGAAGGAGUGUCCCGGCAAUGCUGGUUUCAAGGAUCAGGUGAUGGCUUUGCGAUGGGUUCGUGAUCAUAUUUCGGCGUUUGGAGGCAGGUCAGAUUCAGUGACGCUGAUGGGCUACAGUGCCGGCGCACUGAGCAACACUUUACACAUGGUUUCACCGAUGUCGCGGGGGCUGUUCCAUCGGGUGAUUGUGAUGAGUGCUUCCGGAGUGAGCCAGGUGCAGAUUCCGACCAAUCAGAUUGAGCUGGCACGAAAGCAGGCGGAGUUGCUUAAGUGUGGAACGGAUUCCGUUGCUCAAAUGGUCGAGUGUUUGAGGGAGAAACCGGCGUCGGAUUUUGCUGAUAGCUUGGAAGCGAUGUUCGUCCUGUCGUGGAACCCGGUGCUGCUCUGGACAGCGGUAGUCGAACCCGAUUUCGGUCAAGAACGAUUCUUGACUCAGGAUCCAACGGAGGCCUUCAUGAAAGGGGAUUUUGUGAAGGUCCCGGUGAUUGCGGGAAUUACGCAGGACGAGUUUGCUAGCCCUGCCGUAAAUUUUUUGAGAAAUGAUACGCUGAGGAACGAGCUGGAUAAGAAUUUUGAUACGCUUGCACCGAUAUUUUUCCUCUAUGGAGGCUAUGCCAACCGUUUGAAUAUAACUCGACAGUUACGGGAGAAAUUUCUAGGAAACGAGCCAUUAAGUCUAAACCGCUCCCUGCUGGGAUUGAACUACCUUUUCGCCGACAGUUUAAUCGGUUUUGCCGUGCAUCGAUUCGUGCAGUUGGCAUCACGGCAUACCCCGGUCUAUCAGUACAAAUUUUCCUACGUCGGACGGUACAGUUUCUUUUACUAUCCGGUUGAAGGAACCCCCUAUGGAGCUGUUCACCACGACGAUUUACUGUACUUGCUAUCGAUUCCCUGGGUGGCACCCAUCUUCAAUGCUACCGAUCCGGAAAGCAAGACUGUUGAACGUUUGACCGGGAUGUGGACGGCUUUCGCCGAAACUGGUAAUCCAAACACGGCCAAAGGAAUCGACCAGCCAAACUGGAUCCCAGUGACUGAUCAAGAAGACAACUACCUCAACAUCGGAGAAGAUCUUAGGAUGGAAACAGGUCUCUUCACCGAACGUUUCGCUUUCUGGGACCACCUCUUUCCUCUACCUACCAAAUAAUCAAUAAUUGAAUCUAAUAAACAACCGCUACUUACCAUCCAA